UUCAAUCUCGCAGCAUCAAUCGUGUGGACCGAAAAUUAUCUCGACUACUUCGCUGUGCGGCGUUCACCUGUCCGGUACUACCUAUUAUUUUUGCAAAACAUUUAAAAAAGGCAAUACCCGAACUUUUUUUCCAAAACAAAUAGCAUUUGUAAAUGUUAUGACGAUUUUUUCCAAUAUAGACAAUAAUUUUUGAUGACUCUUAUCUAAUUUUAAUGUUAAAGUGGGUGAUUGUGAUUCAGUUUAGGUACGUUUUGUACAAAUUUGAUCGACUUUCUAGUGAUAGUUAGUGAUGUUUUGUGAUUCGGCUGGUCCGAUGAGGUCUACACCUUGGCUUUUUCAGUAUGCGAUUUAGGGUUUUGGCACUGAUAGUGCUGAUUACGUGGACGAUCAAUGCUAGGAUAGUGUACGGUGUUUUAAAUCUAGGAGCAGAAGUAUUCUGUUCCAAAGUACCCGGUUUGACUCACAAACAGAGGGAAAUGUGCAAAUCAUCUCCGGACGCGAUGGUGGCCAUCGGUGAUGGUAUUCGCCUGGCAAUAGACGAGUGCAAGUACCAAUUUAGGCAUCAGCGAUGGAACUGCAGCGGUAUUGAAAAUCCUGCUGCGUUUGGGCACGUUGUCAUUGUCGGUUCCCGAGAGGCCGCCUUCACCUAUGCCAUCAGCAGUGCCGGCGUCACCUUCGCCAUCACCGCAGCUUGUUCCCGGGGCAACAUCUCGUCCUGUGGCUGCCAGAGCCCCUCCAGACACAAGGAGCCGGCGCCCCACGGCUGGAAAUGGGGCGGUUGCAGCGCCGACGUUGAUUUCGGCACCAGGUGGGCAAGGAAGUUCAUGGACGCGAGGGAGUUCGAUGGGGACGAGAGGAGCCUGAUGAAUUUGCACAAUAAUAAAGCCGGCAGGAAGAUUGUCAAAAUGAACCUCUUGCUGGAAUGUAAAUGUCACGGUGUUUCUGGGAGUUGUACCAUGAAAACAUGUUGGAAAACCUUACCAACGUUUAGACAGAUAGGUGACGCCUUGAUGAAAAAAUAUUAUAGAGCAAGACCGGUAACAGCAACAGCCAUUUACCUAAAUGCCAGGCAUUUGGAUCCAAGGAGACAGAGGAAGCGCCAUUUGGUGCUGACUAAGGGCAAAAUACCGAUCAAAAAAACGCCAAAAAAAUCGGAGUUAGUGUUUUUGCAAUUGUCGCCGAACUACUGUGAACGAGAUUUAGCAGUUGGCAGUUUAGGAACAAUAGGAAGAAAUUGCAAUAGAACAUCAAGAGGUACCGAUGGUUGUGAUUUGAUGUGUUGUGGCAGAGGUUACAACACGCACCAGUAUGUCAAAACAACACAGUGCAAAUGCAAAUUUCACUGGUGUUGUAGAGUAGAGUGUGAGACGUGUAGUGAAAAAGUAGAAGAAUACGCCUGUAAGUGAAUGUCUUCUUCAGUGAUACCUUUAGUAAACGAAGGGAAAUCUAAUCAAAAUGUAUAUGCAAUUUUUCGGAAGAAAGAUAGACCCUAUUAAAAUUUUCAAUAAUUAUGUUGUCAUAUAAACUAUUAUUGCAUGACGUAGGUUGUCUUAACUGAGAUAUACAACAUAUUAUAAUCUAAAUGACAAUUAAAAUGUAUGUAAAAAUGUCGCGUUACUUAAAAAAUACUAAUUUUAAAAGCUAAUGAAAUUCCUAUAAAAUGUUCUAUAUUCAAGAUAUCAUCGUUACCAGAAAAAAAUUUAUAAUGAAAGCAUAUUGUAGUCCAGGGGGCAGUAAAAUUUUUUUGUACUUAUUUUCCCAGUGGGUGAACAAUAGUUUGUUCGGAUGGUGACAUUAAAUGAAAAUUUGUGAGUGUGGCUAAAAUUUUCGGAUGGAUUUUCUAAAUAAAAUAAAAAAAGUCCACUUAUUUUUCCAGUCAUAAAUAUUUGACAUUUAUUAAAGUGAAUCAUUUUAUUAAUGAAAAUUACAGUCUAGCAACUCUCAAAGCAAAAAUUUGACAGAUUUUUGAUAUCCAUAACCCUUACUUUUUCAUGCUUGAAAUUUAACG